AUGGAUUAUGAGAAAAUCAGCCCCUGGGUAAAGACAGCUCUGGUGGCCAGCAGCCAGGUGGAAGAAGAGACGGGAUGCCCCCUCGGCCAGUUCCCAUGUGGGAACAUGAGUGAGUGCCUCCCUCAGGCUCUGCAGUGUAACGGACACAAAGACUGUCCCAACGGAGCCGACGAGCGGCGCUGUGGGGACAACAUCGGAUGGGCGGACUUAUUUGGUCAAACGCUACAGAAUGCAAAUCCUGUGGACCAGUACUUCCUGAAUGAGUGUUUUUUGCAGGAGUAUCCAGAGAGUUGUGACUGCAUACAGACAGAUGUCAAUUGUGUGGAGGUCAACCUGCAGGAUGUUCCUCUGCUCUCUCCGAACGUGACCUGGCUGUCACUGAGGAGCAAUGAGAUCCGAGGGUUGUCGGAUUUUGUUUUCUCUGAAUACUCUGCCCUACAGAGACUGUUUCUUCAGAACAACAGCCUCCACUUCAUAUCCAAACAUGCCUUCAGCGGCCUGCACGGUUUAAAGAAGUUGUUUCUCAGUGAGAACUUGAUAUCCUCCCUCAGUCCUGGUGUGUUCAGGGAUCUGCAUGAGCUAGAGUGGCUGGUUUUGGAUCACAACCCACUGAGCAGCUUGUCCCAGGACACGUUCAUUGGGCUCCAGUCGCUCAUGUAUCUGUCCAUGGUGGACACCGCGCUGCAGCAGCUUCCUCACCCGAGCUUCUGUCAACACAUGCCUGGCUUGGUCUGGCUGGAUCUUGAGGGAAACAUGAUUCAAACUCUCAACUACUCUAUCUUGAAGACCUGCAGCAAGCUUGAAGUUCUAUUGCUGAUGGACAACAGGAUACAAACGGUUCCUGAAAACACCUUCCAGUCUCUGUGGAAACUGGCUGAACUGGAUCUAUCCAGCAACAGGAUCAGGGAGCUGCCAAAAAACACCUUUAAGAGCCUUUCCAAGUCGCUCCUCAAACUAAACGUCUCCCACAAUCCCCUUCUCCUAAUUCACCCCAGCCACUUCCACCACCUGGCGCAUCUUCAGUCUCUGGCGCUGGAAGGGAUAGAGAUCCCAGAUAUUCAGACUAAGAUGUUCCUGCCAAUGAAGAACCUGUCUCACAUAUACUUUAAGGAGUUCCAGUACUGCUCUUACGCACCUCACGUCAGGUCCUGUAAGCCCAACACAGAUGGCAUCUCAUCCUUUGAGGACCUGCUGGCUAAUAUAGUGCUGCGGGUGUCCGUCUGGGUCAUGGCCUUCAUCACCUGCUUCGGUAACCUCUUGGUCAUCGGCAUGAGGUCACUGAUACGAGCGGAGAACAAUCUGCAUGCUGCUUGCAUCAAAGUGCUCUGCUGUGCAGACUGCCUCAUGGGUGUGUACUUGUUUUUUGUUGGAGUGUUUGAUGUAAAGUUUCGCGGGCAGUACAAUCGUAACGCCCUGCUCUGGAUGGAGAGCGUAGAGUGUCGGACCAUUGGAUUCCUGGCCAUGCUCUCCUCAGAGGUGUCUGUUCUCCUCCUGACCUACCUGACUAUGGAAAAGUUCCUGGUGAUCGUCUUCCCCUUCAGCAAUCUGCGCCCGGGCAAACUUCAGACUGGGGUGGUCCUGGCCUCUAUCUGGUUACUGGGGUUCAUUAUUGCUGCUGUGCCCCUAAUGAAUGAGGACGUGUUUGGAAAUUAUUAUGGACGUAACGGAGUCUGCUUCCCCCUGCACUCUGACAGGCAAGAAAAACCUACUGCCAAAGGAUAUUCCACAGGGAUUUUUCUGGGUCUGAACCUGGUGGCAUUCCUGGUGAUCGUCUUCUCCUACUCCAGCAUGUUCUACUCCAUCUAUAAAACUGGCAUCAAUGCGACAGACCUGAGGAGCAGACUUCACAGAGAUGUGGCUGUGGCCAACAGGUUUUUCUUCAUAGUGUUCUCUGAUGCCCUCUGCUGGAUUCCUAUAUUCCUGGUGAAAAUCCUCUCACUGUUGAAGGUGGAGAUACCUGGAACCAUCUCCAGCUGGGUGGUCAUCUUCAUCCUUCCCAUCAACAGCGCCUUGAACCCCAUCCUUUACACCUUGACCACCAGCUUCUUCAGAGAGCAGGUGGAACUCUUACUCUGUCGCUGGCAGAGGAGACACAUCUUGAAAAAAGACCGCAAAAGCCUCACCUCCUCCACAAUCUUCAUGGAGAUGUCACGGGCUCCUUGCUACCAGCAGCCAGCCUACCUCCAGCGGGUGUCGCUGACCGGCGCAGAUCCUCGCUAUGCCUGA